AUGCGCAGCUGCUGGACGCUGGCCGCGGCCGCCGCGGCGCUCGCGGAGCUCUGCGCCGCCUCGGGCGCCGUGUCGGUCUACAACAUCAGCGACCCGACGUACGGCACCUGCCGCCUAAAGGGCAUCUCUGAGUCGAGCGACAAUUUCAAGUACUACGCGUCCGUGCCCAGCACCGACUACUCGCUGAACGAGGCCUGCGCGCGCUGCAUCACCAUCACGCGCGACGACGACUCGACCAAGAGCACCACGGCCUACGUGCUGGACGUGUGCGACGGCUGCGAGUCGGGCUCGCUCGAGCUCUCGGCCGACGCCAUGACGGCGCUGGACAUCGAGACGACCGACUCGAGCACCAAGGUCUCGUACAAGUUCAGCACGUGCCCCACGUCGCUCAUGUCGGGCGACAUCAAGGCGUGUCUGAUGGAGGGCGCCUCGGCCACGUACGUGCCGCUGCAGUUCUACAACUCGCAGAAGGUCAUCACGGCCGCCACCAUCGCCGGUGUCAACGCCACCAGCACGUCGGCGAGCUUCCUGUACUCGGCCAACUCGGGCUCGUCGUCCAGCACGUGGUACAAGAACCUGGACUUCUCGGUCACGUCGGACGACGGCGAGACCCUGAACGGCACGUUUGCGUUCACCAGCACGUCCGGAUGCGCCACGUCCAGCGUUCAGUUCAACUCGGCGUCGACGGCGGACGGUGUCGACGGAAACACCAGUUCGUCGUCGAGCUCGUCCAACGGAGCGGUUAUCGGCGGCAUUUGCGGCGGAGUCGGUGCGUUGCUCAUUAUCGUGGGGUCGGUUAUUCUCAUCCGACGCCGCAACCGUGCGUCCAAGGACCUGACCGACCCUGCGAACGACGUGGAGAACCAGUACCUGUCCCCUACGGCGAAGGCCGCUCCGGCGGGCGCCUCCACUUUCCAUUCGGACAAUGACGACAACCACCGACCUGCUUCGCCGACCGUGGACUACGCCGAGUCGUUCUCCCCGGCUGCCAGCUCCAAGGGCCCCAGCUCGCACUUGAGUGACACGAGCUCGCACGCGCCUGCACCCGAGUUGAACGCCGUCCCCGCUGCUGUUGUCGCUGCCUCGAUGGCUGUCGACUCGCUGUCGUCGCCCGUUGCGUCGGACCACUCGUCGGUUCCGUCCUCGCACGACUCGGACCGUACCCCGUCGCCUGAACCUGUGUACGUUCCCCCGACGUACGCGUACAGUAACAGCAUGGCCACCAGCCCUCGUCGCUCCACUGUGUCGAACGUCAAGGCUGCUCCUACGCUCGCUGCACCGGUUGUGCCUCGGUCGGGUUCCGGUUUCGGCCAGUACGACGAGAAUGACGAGGAACGCUCAAGCUUCGAUGUGGACGACAUGCGGGAGUCUGAGGCCCGUGCUACGUCUACGGGCGGCGACUCGCGUCGUUUUGGCUCGCAGGCGUACCAGCCGUACAGUGCCGCUGACCCGUACGCCAACACGGUGACGUCUCCCCAGAGCUACGUCCCAGCUACCAGCCUGCGCCGCCCGAGCAAGCAGAACUCGAUGAGGUCCAAUGGCCGCGAGUCCAGCCGCUACAACAACGCGUCGGUGCUCUCGAGCGCGGACAGCUACGCGUCGACGGCACCGCGCAACACGAACGCGUCGUUGCUGUCGAAUAACACGGCACUGCAGUCUGGCAGGUCGAACGCCCCGCCCGCGCAGGACAACUACUCGUACAGCUCGCGUCCGAGUGGACCGGCCACGGACUAUUCGACGCGGGACAGCUACGCGUCCAACCCGAUGGCGCAGAACACCGAUCUGUCUGCGUCGCAGCGCAGCAGCGGCUACAGCCGAGAAUCCCUGAACAUUCUGGGCUACCCGUACUCCAAGAAGAGCGGACGACACCACAACACUACAGGUUAG